GGGGUGGCACGCGCGCGGAGGGGACGUUGCCUCGGUUGCGUCCGGCGGGGGGGUAUAUAAAGGGCCCGGCGAGGGGGCGCUGUUGCGCAGUCGGGCGGUGGCGGCCGAGGCAGGCGGAGCGGCGGCGGAGCAGUGGUUGGAAGCCGGGCCAUGCCGCGGCGCAAAGCCGCGGCGCAGCCCUCUACGUCGCUGCCGCAGAAGCGCGGGCGGGCGUCGCUGUCGGAUCUCAUUCUCUACGCCGUCUAUGUGGCUGCUGGCCGUAAAGGUGCUUCCCUCGCUUUCAUCAAGAAGGUUCUCGCUGUUGAGGGUUACAACGUGGUGCGGAAUGGGGCUCGCCUGAAGGCGGUGCUCGGUUCUUUACUGGACAAAGGGCUUCUGCAGCGGGUGACGGGCAGCGGCAUCGCCGGGUCGUUCCGCCUUGGCCGUGUCGGUAAGGAGCGAGUAGAGAGAGCCGGGCCGCGCGGGAGGGCAGCCGGUAUAGCCCGUCGGAGCCCAGCCGGGAAGGCGAAGGGGCGGAGGCGUGUUGUUAAAGCCACUGCGCAGCGGCUGAAGAAGCCGAGGAGACCGCGAGGCAAAGCGGAGGUGGCAGCCGGGGGCGCAGAGGAGGCCGGGGGUCCUGCGGCAGUGGUGGUGGUUGCGGGCGAGUCUUAGCGUGGUGGAUGGAGCGAUAAAAAGUGGAACCCAAAGGCUCUUUUAAGAGCCACCGCUGGGGGUUCAGCAGAGGAGCUGGACACGGGGCGGGGCCGCGCCCGGAGCGGGGGAGCUGCUCCCCGGUACCCCCAGGGCGAGGGGAAGGGGGAUUGCGGGGCGGCGAUGAGAGUUGAACCGAGGGGUGGACGCUGCUGGGAGCGACUGGAAGAGGUGCCCCGAGAGAAGGGUUGGGGUGUGAAUAGGUGCGGCACGGGGAGGUGGGCGCUGCCUCGCAUUUCUAAAAGAGCUGCAUCACGGGAUGGUGAGGGUGAGGCAGCAUUAACAUGCGUGAAGGGAUGGGAGAUGUAAAGGGUGAAUAAAAAGAGCUGUGUUGAGGGGUGGGACGUAGAAGGGGCACGGGGGGUACUCGCCACCCCAUGUCGCUGUAAGCUGAACCGAUGGCGAGGCAUCGUAAAAGCUGCACCGAGGGCCGG